AGAGAGGGAGAGAGAGAGAGAGAGAAAGAGAGAGGAGGAGGGAUGAGGAGGCGUGUUUUUUUGUGUUUUGGUGCCUGAGUUAAUCUGCCGUGGCAUCCGCUCUCACUCACACACUCACACACUCUCUUACACACACACACACACACACACACACACACACACACACUCUCUCUCUCUCUCACUCACACACACACACACACACACACACACACACACACACUCUCUCUCUCUCAGACACACACACACACACACACACACACACACACACUGGAGCAGAGCAGUGCUGGGGUGAGACGAUGCCCGUGUGAUGCCCGCGUGAGGAUAUGAUCUGGAGGUCCACAGUCUCGGAUAAAUCUUUUUCGACUUUUGCUUUUUGAGCCUUGCCUCACGAUGAAGACGCUGGAAGACACCAUCAAUUCGUCACCAUGACGAUUUCCCGCUCAGCCUGCUCUACCGACCAUCUCUUGGACUUGGAUUAAGUGUUUUGCAGCUUUAAGGAGUUUUGGAGAACCUCCGCCUCAAACCGCUCCUGUUCCUGCACCGUGAAGUUCUCCAGCAGUCCUCCGCGACGUGUACGAUGGCCGGCGUGCUCCGCUCGGGACUGCAGGCGGAUUCUCAGGAUUUUAGCAAAGCUUCGUCCCAGUUCGCCCGGCUGCGCAGGAUUCACCUGGACAGGUGUGGAGCCCGGCCUGCGGGGACUCGGCUGCUCUGAAGUGCAGUUGGCAUGCCCCUGACCAUGAUGAGCUCCAGAGAGGAAGAAGCAUUGCGGUUUUUCCAGUACGUCGAGGACAGCGGCCUGAGGGCGUACAGCGGCGUAGUGACCCGUGACCUGGUGUGGAAUGAGAAAACCCGGAGCGUUCCGGAGAAGAACGACAAGAAGAGAAAGCAGGAGGAGGUUGUUAAAAGGACGAGUGAAGAGGUGGCCGUGGAGGGGAAACACUUGCGUAUGGGAUCUGCGAACAUGUCGGAGCAGCAGCAGUUUUCCGUUCGCUCUCAGUCCCUUAACUCUGUAGGAGGAGUAGAGGAGGAAGAGGGCAGCCCGAACUCCCGCAAACAGCCUCCGCCCAAACCGCGCCGUGACCCCAACACCAAACUCAGCGCCUCCUCGGAGGCCGUGGACCACAGCGCCACCACCUGCAAGGGAGGACACUCCCACAAGUGGGAUGCGACUCAGGGCUGCAGCGAGGACUGUAGACGAGUCCCACCUCCGAAGCCCAAGAGGAAUCCCAACACACAACUGAGCACUUCCUUUGAUGACUCCUACAUUCUGAACUCAAAAGACUCCCCAAUGGCUCUUUCUCCUAUUUCUCCUGUUUCUCCUCCACAACCUCAGAGCCCACAGCAGGACUCAGAGUCAGAGGAACCUGUUUAUAUUGAAAUGUCAGGGAAUGCAGUGCGAGAUCCGCCCUCUCGUUCCGAGCCUGACGAGCCAGGCGAGGCUGUCUACGAGGAGAUGAAGUACCCCGCUUUUGAUGACUUUGAUUCACGCUGGGAUUUUUUGGGGUACCGUGCUCAGUGCAUCACACCAUGUCCAUCUGAUAUGGACAUCCAUGCUGCCGUGAACUACACCUCCACCCCUCGGAGCGCAUCCCAUUGCGACAUCCCUGCCCCGUUCCCCAACCUUCUAACCCACCGUCCACCUUUGCUGGUCUUCCCACCGGUGCCUGCACAGUGUUCGCCCAAUUCUGACGAAUCCCCACUCACGCCGGUGGACGUGACCAAGCUGGCCAUGUUAGAGAAUGCCGCCCACUCAAAGUCUCCGUCGUCCUCCUCCUCCUCAAUGGAGCCCCUUAGUUCUGCCUCAUCCUCUCACCUCAGACGGGCCGAGAGGGAACUUACGGCGACGCCCACUAUCACAGUCUCAGGUCGCUCUUCGGCGCCACCGUUGCCAUGCGCUCUCUACAGGGGCUCCACAAGCUCUGCAGGGGCUCAACGGAGCCACUCGGCAUGUCCGUCUCCCGUCAGCAUGGGCCGCUGCCUCACGCCACUCAGCCUCAUGAGGGCACCACCAUUCGAAGGGAGCUCCUUCAGUGGAGCUGCCCUGCCACCACGACACCACAGCUCGGCGCAGAACGUUGCAGCAGGACGCUCACGGACGCCCACCAGCCCUCUGGAUGAGCUCACCAACUUGUUCACCAGUGGCAGGAACAUGCUGAAGAAGAACUCCAGCGGACGGAAGAGCAAAGAGCCCAGUGAGAGUGAAGCCAAAGGGAAGGGCCAUGGUUCUGAAUCCAAACGGGAGCACAAGGAGCGAAGCCAUCAUAACAAGGAGUCAAAAAGGGACAAGGAGCGCAGCGGGAAAUCCUCGCAUCGACGUGAGGGCAAAGAUCGAGAGCCUAGCGGCAUAGAGGCCUUACAGAGACGUGACAGUAAAGACAGAACCGGCAGCAAUGCAGAGCCAAUAGUGAGACGUGAUAGCAAGGACAGGGGCACCAAUGUGGAGCCAGUACCGAGGCGUAACAGCAAGGACAGGGGCACCAAUGUUGAGCCGGUAUCAAGGCGCAACAGCAAGGAAAAGGGCAGCAAUGUUGAGCCGGUAUCAAGGCGCAACAGCAAGGACAAGGGCACCAAUGUCGAGCCAGUAGCGAGGCGAAACAGCAAGGACAAGGGCUGUAGUGGUCCAGAGCUACUUCCCAAACAGGGCAGCAAAGACCGAGGGUGCAGCACCAGUGAGCCCAUAGUGAGGCAUGACAGCAAAGACUGGAUCAGUAACAAUAUCGAACCUUUACCUAGACGCGACAGCAGGGACAGGAUCUGCAACGGCUCAGAGCUCAUGCUCCGACAAGACAGCAGAGACUUCAUGAGGAAUGGUCUGGAACGACAUGAUAGCAGAGACCGAAGUGGUUAUGGGCCAGACUUGUUAACCAGGCACAGUGGUAAGGAUCAGGGAAGAUCUGGUCUGGAGGGUCGGCACAACAGCAAAGAAGGAAGAAAUAACAGUUUGGAUUUUCUUCAGGGUAACAGCAACAUGGCAGACUCUGGAUGGGACUGUAAGGAACGGGUGAGUAAUGGGACAGAUGUUGUAAAUAGGAGAGACUACAAAGAUAAAGGAAUUCACUUGACAGAGCCCCAUCACAAGAGUAAGGACAAAAGCAGCUACAGUACGGAGUCCCCCAAAGCACAUGACUGGGAUACAAGGUCCGGACCGCAAUCCAGUAUGUCCAGCCGGAGUAGACGAUCACCUGUUAGUCCUACCACAAUGAUGGGAAAUUCUGAAUUAAAGAUGGUCCCAAAGGUAGCCCAGUUCCUAUCCACAUCACUCGCACCGUCUCCAUUGGGCACACCUCAGAGACGACCUUCAGAAGCCCAAGAGAUGCCACCUUUCCCCUGGGUAUGUGGCGACAGUACCAUGAUGGAGACAAUUGAGAGGAAACAGCGAUUGUGCCGUGAGAUCCGGGCCCGUCAGCGACCCCCUGAAUGGAGCCAGACGGAAAGCAUGCCUAGCUGCAAGAAAGCCAACGGGCAAAAGAAAUAUAGCCCACCCCCAUAUCCCUCUCAGACUACAGUCUUUUGGGACACCGCAAUCUGAUUGGUCGCUUAGCACUUCAGGAUUUAGCUUUGCUCCUCCCACUGGCACCAAGAUGAGGGGAGCACCCAAUCAUCCCCAGCACUGUUUCUGCUUAAAGACAGGCAGUGGGAUUAACCUAGCAAUAUUUCUGAGCGUGCCGAUCAUCAGGUUUUUGUAUUAACCUUUAUCUAAUAUUUUUGUAUUGUGAUUCCUUGUAAAUGGAACCUAGCAUUAACAGAUAUUUUCUAAACAAAAUGAAUAUCUUUGCAAAGAAUAUGUAGAGUUAGCACAAUGCAGGUUGUUCUUUUGUACUUUUUUCGCUUUUUUUUCUUUCUUUUUUUUUUUUUACACUGCAAUGCAAAAUACGAAAUGGAACCAUUAACUUUCACAGGCCUUUAUCUUUCAGACCUCUAAAAAUUUCUGUGGUAUAUUGCCAUAUUUAAAAAUGAAGUGUAUUUUCACAUUGGAUGUGAAAUUGGACUAGGGCUAGCUUUCAUUUUCGCUGCCUUGCCACACUAUGGAUUUGAUAGGAAUGUGCAAUUAGAUUUGAUCAGAUUUGUUUUUAUUAUUUAUGUUUUUAUGUAAGCUUUGGCAUUAGUAUGCAAGGCAAAAUCGAAGGUUUUGUAUGGUAUGUAAGCAUGAAUGAAUUCAAUGUACAAACAUGGCACAGCAUAAGGGUAAUCAGUACAUGUUUAUUUAAGGGCAAUUGAAGAUAAAGACUAGGAUGUAGACUAGGAUCCCUUUUAUCCUAUGGAACCUAAUCUUAUUGGGUGAUUUUUCUGUUUGUAAAUGGCAGAAGAUGUUGUGGUCGUUCCUUUGGGCCUGUGUUUGCCCUGGGAUUAAUGACAAUCUGUAACCUUGAAGUAUUCUUUAAAUCUUUAAACACUAUUUAAAAUGUUUCGUGCUUGUUUCAGAAGGUUUUUAGAAGGAGGUAAUUUAUUGGCUUGGUCACGCUUACUGUAUUAAUAAGUGUGAUUGGAUGGAUUUGUGAUGGACACAAUCAGCCCUAUUUGGGCAUUUGAAACCAAUGACCAAUGGCUCUCAGCUGGAGCCUUAAAGGACGUAGCAACUGUAGCUACUUCACUCAGUAAUUGGGAAUAAUGGAGGGAAAAAAAUGCACUUCCGUGAUCAUCUGCAUCAGUUGGUUGGAUACUUGUCACCCUCCCUCUACCUCAACCAUUCAGAUUAGUUCAAGUGGUUAUUCAUCUCUAAAGUAUUUUUGGAUCUGGGAGUAUGGAGUCAGGGGUGGACAAAUGAUAAGCACAUUAGUUAGCCCACUGGCAAUGCGAAAGCUCCAAUGUGCUACCCAGUCCAGUGUUUUGGUUGCGUGGAAACCUAAUUGACAAGGCUAAAAAGUGACAGCUAACAUAAGGUAAUGUAUGGUGAGCUAGUUAUCUAGUUAAAUGCAUUAAUCCAGACUGAGGGAAACAAACGAGUUUAUGAAUUACCACAGAAGGGAUGUAUGUGUAACCAUAGAACUCGUUCUCUUCUGAUGUAGCGUGAAGGUUUUGAUGUAGCACAUCUCUCCAUAUGUUCAACCACAACGUGACUUUCUAGCAUGACGUGUGCGUUAUGCUAGAAAGAGAAUUAUAUGGCCGCUUUGCACUAGAUUAGCUUUUUCUGCUUGUGUCAAACUACUGAUUUGUCCACCCCUGGAAGUGAAACCCAUCCCCAUCCCCUCAUUCUUGCCAUGAGCUUCAUCUAGGUCAAGGUAAUGCCUGUACACUUACUGUAACUAAGUCCAAAGGUAUCAAACCGUGUAGCCAAGCUAACACUAGCUAAUGCAGUGUUCGCAUUUGUAAGAGUAAGAAAUUGUGUUUAUGUUUCUAACAGCACCAUACUGAGCUUAACUAAGUAUUAACACAUACAGGCAUUUUGGAAAAGAAAAAAAUGGUAUAUAUGCACAUAAUCACAGGCUCCUGGUCAGUUUAGUGAUCCUAAUAAGACUGUCUUUGACUAAAUCAUGUUUUAUACUGUGCAUUUCAAUGGUCUUUUGAGAUUAUUACUUGUAACAAUGUAUGAGAUGAUCCCAAUAAAAUCUUGGCCGAAUUCUAUAACAGACUGAGCGAUAACGUUGUCCAUGUCAGAUUUUACAAUGAAGAUCCCCCGGUAUAAUAACAUUAGUGUUAUGCCUAGAGAAAUCAUGUUUUAGAAGUUGUGCAUGGCUCGGUAAAAAGGGACACCAUGGAAUGCACAUUCUUGAAAGUGAACCUGCGGUAAUAAGUCAAUCGUACAGUGUAAACCUGGCUUACAGUUGCAAUCAAAAUGAUUCAACCCCCAUUGCAAAUCAGGUUUAUUGUCAAAGUUUACAGACUUCCAGCUGUUUGCAGUGAAUAAAUCAAACAAAAGCAAUUGACAUAGUUUAACACAAUGACUACUUCAAGUGGUUUCCUCAAAUUCAACUGAAAAUGCAGCUUAUAAUGAUUCUCAAAAUGAUUCAACCCCUUCAUGGCGAGCAUCUUCAUACUUAGUAGAGCUCCCUUUUGCUGUUAUGACCUGCUGCAAACGAGAUGCAGAGCUUCUGGCAGCGUUCCUGAGGAAUCUUAGCCAUAACUCAGAGGAAGCAAAGCAGCCCCAGAGCAUCACCGAGCCACCACCAUGCUUGACUGUAGACAGAGUGUUCUUUCUUCAUUGUUCUUCCUCCAGACAUACCACUGAUCCAUCGUGCUGAAAAGUUCCAGUUUUGUUUCAACACUCCACAGAACAGAAUCCAAACCUUCUGUGGAUUAUUUAUAUGAUUUUGUGCAACUUUUCUUGUGCUUUUGGGUCAGUAGUGGUGAACGUCUUGGAGUUCUGGCAUGGAAAUCUGUGUUUAGUACACGCCUUACUGUGCUCACUGAAACCUCAGUGCCUGUUACACCAGGUCUUGCUGCAGGUCUUUUGCAGUCACUCGAAGGUUUUUCACAACCUGCCUUCUCAGAAAUCUACUUGCAGCCGUCGAUAUCUUCCUUUUUCUGCCCCACCCAGGUAUUUCAUACAUUUUCUACCCCUAGCCAGUUCAGAUAUUUCAUGUGUUCCAGCUCAAGCACACCUGGUGCAACUAAUGAAGCCCUUGAUUAGCUUGAGACAAAACCUGAUUUGCAUAUUUGCGCUGUUUUGAGGGAUUCUAUUCAUUGAAUCAUUUUCAGACUGGAGAAGUCAUUAUAAGUUGUAUUUUCAGUUGAAUUUGUGGAAACCACUUGAAGCAUUCACUGUGUCAAACUAUUUCAAUUGCUUUUGUUUGAUUUGUUCAUCGCAAACAGCUGAAAGUCUGUACAUUUUGACAAUGAACUUGAUUUGCAAUUGGGGUUGAAUAAUUGUGAUUGCAACUGUAUAUGAAGCAAAAACACAACAUCAGAGUAGCCAUAACUAUGGUAUGGUUGGUUUUUUUUUUUUUUUAUCCCACAUGUCUCAUGCAGGUCAUUUAUUACAUGAUCGUUUGACAUUCACUCCAGAGUUCCCCGAGGGUGCUGGUUAAGGAAUGCUGUAACAAUGUACAAUUUCUCUGUAUGUAAAAUGUGCACUGUGACUGGUAGAAAGACUACGUCCUUUGUCUUAUUGCACUGAGUGUUCUCUUAUCUGUAUAGUAAUGUUUGAGGAAACAAAAAUGAAGUAUACUGGUUGUCAUGAGGGUCUUUCCGAGAGAAAUAAAUAUGAAUUUCAA